AUGGCGGACCCUAGCAAACUUCCUCCAGGACCGGAGUCGCCCACGACGGCUAGGCCCCUCGAGAUGGACGACGACGAAAGUCAAGAGACGUUGGGCGCCGAGGACGCUGCUGUCAAAACUGCCACCACUCCUGCUGCCGUGGCAAAUGCGCCUGCGGCUGCUCAAGAAGAGGUACCGCCGCCUAAGCCGCCGCGGCCCCUGACUGAGGCCCAGAAGAACCAGCAGAUCCUCAAGGAGGCCUUCCCUACCGUCGAGCUUCCCGUCAUCAAGGCCGUGCUUACCGCCAGCGGCGGGCGCAUCGAGGCCGCCUUCAACGCGCUUCUCGAGCUGACCGAUCCCGAAGCGGCUGAGCGGGAUCGCCCGCCAGCGCAGCCCCCGAGGCCGGCUGCGGAGCCGGUGCCUACGCGCACAUCGACAGACCCGAGGCAGCUCGAGGCGGAUGAACGGUAUGCCCGUCAACUGGCUGAACAUUACGAGAACGUCAGCGCAUACGAGGCCCGCGCCUCUAACCGGGCCUACCGCGGCGGCAGCAGUGGUAUUCCCCCAUCACGUGGCCGUCCACAGCCAAGGGACUAUGACCGCGAGCGUGAGCAUAGCUUCCUCGACGAUGACUUGCCGGUUAUCAAGGAGAGUCUGCGCAAGGGCUUCCUUGAGACUCAAACCAAGGUUAACACAUGGAUAUCCAACCUCAAGAAGAAGAUUGAUGAGCAGUUUGAGGAGUUUGCGGAUGACGAUGAUGACGAUGACUAUGGCCGGCGUCGCACACGUGGAGGUGGCUUCUUGGGCCGGCCAUCGCGGGAGCAGUCGCGGCGCAGUGCCGAGUAUGACCGCUAUGAUGCUGAUCCGGAGCUGCUGAGUGACGAUUUUGCCGGCAUGAAGUUCCAUAACGAUGGGAUCCAGCCUCUCAGCGGCCCCAGCAGGAGUAACCCUAAUUUCUACAGGCCUCCUCCGCCGGCUAAGUCGCCCAAGCCAGACGGCCGCCGCGUCGCCUUCCGCGAGACGGUUGAGGACAUCGACGCCUACAAUGCGUCGCCCCGAAUUUCGCCCAAGGACGGCCCUGCCGCUGGCACCACGGGUGUCUCCACAAGCAGCACGGCAACGGCCACUGGGAAAUCGAGCAAGUGGCAGCCGCUGUCGCCGGUAGACCCGAAUCCGAUUGCGGAGAACGACCCGUUCAGCCUGGGCGAUAGCGAUGACGAGCGAGAGGCUGUGGUCAGCCGGGAUGGGAGCAAGGGCAGCAGCAGUGGUAUCCGUCUAGAGGAUGCCGAAUCGGCCGAGCAGCAACGGCUGAGGCAAGCGACGGCGGAUGCGAUGGCGGAGAGUUUGCAAGGAUGCCCCACGCUCAACGGCCUUGGCACCCGCUUCGAUGGCUUCAACAUCACCGGCUCAGAGCCGGACUCAGGGACCUUUGUCAGGCCUCAUCCGACAACAUCUCAGCCGUCGCGGAUUGCAGAUACCCUUUUUGUACCCGGCAUUGCACUGGCAGCUUUCAACUCAAGGUUUUUGACGAAGUUCGGCAAGCAGAUUCAAAAACGGGCUCUUGAGCUGCCCGAGUAUGCUGCCAGCUUUGUUAACUACAAGGCCCUGAAGAAGCUCAUCAAGAAACUCUCAGCCACGCCAGUUCUUCAGCCCCAAGAUGGUGUGCAGGGCGUCGAGGCUCGGCCCUUGGACCCUCAGGCGGCCCUGCAGGCGAACAAGGCCACCUUCUUCUUCCAGUUGGAGCGAGAACUCGAAAAAGUCAACGCCUUCUACCUGCAAAAAGAAGCUGAACUCAAAGUCCGCCUGAAAACGCUUCUUGACAAGAAAAGGGUGCUGCAGUCUCGCGGCUAUACAAUCUCCAGAAGGUCUGCUAAGUUCACGACACUCCAGGAGGGCUUCCAGCAAUUUGCUGCCGAUCUGAACAAGCUGCAGCAGUUUGUUGAGAUCAACGGCACGGCUUUCUCUAAGAUCCUCAAGAAGUGGGAUAAAACCUCCAAGUCUAAAACAAAGGAGCUCUACUUGUCCCGUGCUGUUGAGGUUCAGCCCUUCUUCAAUGCCACUGUUAUCAGCGAAUUGUCCGAUCAGGCGACCACUAGUCUUCAGGAGCUCGCCGCCUGGGCCGAUGGUGACAACGUCACCUUCGAGACCAGGAUAGAUCAUGUUGUCCACAGCCAACAUCUGCCGGGUACUGAUGAAGGUGACGCCGACACACUGUUGCUUGACACCGUACUUUCGGGUAACAUUGAAGCUUUGCGGGACCUCCUCAACCGGAUGAACGCCAUGACGGCUGGUGAUCAGAACACCAACGGUGGUGUUGUCGACGUGGUCCUGCUAGAGCGGAUCACCAGGGCGUUCCUGGCUGGUGUCAACGGGGCCUCGUUGGAGGCCUUGAAGGUGCUUCUUGACACAGGGCUGGUAGAUAUCCAGUCGGAAGAUGACAUCAAUGAGCGCAAUUGUCUGCAUCAGGCUGCCAUUCACGGAAACGUCUGGGUUCUCGAAUACGGCUUGUCUCAUGGUGUGGCUGCCGACAGGACUGACGUCUAUGGUCGUGUGCCCCUGCACUAUGCCAGCAUCCACGGUCGUCUCGAUAUGGUUGACACCCUGCUGAACGCUGCGCCCCAUACUAUUGACGUGAUUGACCAUGACAACUACACUCCUCUCAUCCACAGCAUUGUGAACAAGAAUCUUGAGUGUGUCGCCCGGCUGCUGGAGCGGUCGGCCCGCUUGGAUCCUGUUUCGGAUAACGACCACGUCCCUCUCAACAUCGCAUGCGAACAUGGGUCGCUGGACAUAGCUGAGAUGUUGUUGAGACACGGCGCCCGCAUACUUCCUGACGCCGAAGGCCUGUAUCCGCAGCAUCUUGUGGCUCGCUCAAGCCAGCAGAAGCCCGAACUUCUGCUGCUGCUCAAGACAUAUGGCGCCGAUCUGGACCAGGUCGACAAGCUCUACGGCUGGACGCCUCUUGUGCAUGCUGCCAGCGAAGGUAACGUGCCCUGUCUGCAAGCCCUGCUGGAGAUGGGCGCCGAUCCUGGCAUAUUGGAUGAGAAGGAGCUGCCGGCCAUGUACUAUGCCGCCUGGGAGGGCCAUCUUGAGUGCAUGCAGCUGUUGACGCAGGCCAACCAACGUCGUGAGCAAGAGAAGGAACCCGAGAAAAAACGGAAACAGGUUGCAUCUGGAGGGCUUCUUGCUCCCAUGGAUAGCAGCACGGCACCGGCACCCAUGUCCCUGGACGGAGCAGAUGCGGAUGCGAUCCCCGUGCUGGAGUUGCCGCCGCCUAUCAUCCCUCUGCGGCGGUAUGGCCACAACUUUUUGGACACCAAGACGGUCGUCCAGCUGUGCUUUGGCGGCGACAAAGGCGAGCAUGCUCCGCUCGUCUUCUUUCAAGACUCAAAGUAUCCUGCUGCGCGGUUGACCAUCUCGUCCAAAUCCUCUUCUGACGUUAUCCCUAAAAACAUCAUGUUGCCAUUCCAGGAAGAUACGCGCAGCGUUUCCUUCCAGAUCGACAAUCUCGACGCCUUCACCCUCGAUUUCGACGUCUUCCCGGCCUACGGGGCCAAGGUCAUCGCCCGUACCGUCGCCCUGCCAAGCACCUUCUGCGCUCUGCUCGGCAGCAACAGUGCCGGCAACCUGUGCUCUUUGCCCCUCUUCGACCUACGUCUGCGUGCCAUCGGCCAGCUGACCUUCACGGCGCACAUCAUCAAGCCAUUCCAGGGCAAGCCGCUUGAGAUUACGGACUUCGAAACGUACUGGAAGGCAACAACGACUCCUAGUGCCGCGGUUGGCACCGUGAACAACCAUCAUGCGGCGUUUGAUGCCGCCAGCAGUAGCACUUUCAUCACCGGAUCUAGUCUAUCUGGAGACUUUGUGCGCAUUUAUGUCCAGCACACGGCUGAUGGUGUGCCGGUAGUGUGGCCGCGUCGGACAGUCACGAUUCCUCUGCCCUUCAGCAGCGGCGCUGGGAUUGAUGGUGGCAAUGGGAUUGAGAUCCCCGUCUGGCGGUUGUCCUUGGCCCAGUUCCUUACUGCGACGGGGCCUCCUCCGCCGUCGCCUCUUCCAGCUGAUGUUGCGCAUCAGCCAGCCAAAGUUCAUGCGUUGUUUGCCUCGGCCGGUGCAACUACCUUGCGCGAUGCGUUGGCUUUGCUGCCGCGGGGCAUGCAUGUCAAUAUCCAGGUCCUGUCCUACCCCCCAUCAUACGACGAAAACGGCAGUGCCCCGGCAGCAGCGAUGGACGUCAACACCAUCGUGGACGCAAUCCUCUCUGUGGUAUUCGACCAUGCCCGAACUCAGCGACGGGCCCGAAGCCAAGGGACGGAUGGCGGUGUCGGUCCGAGGUCGGUUGUGUUCAGCUCGUACAGCGAGACCAUUUGUGCCGCGCUCAACUGGAAGCAACCGAAUUUCCCUGUGUUUUUGUGUAAUGAUCUUGGAAGGAAUCAACACGAGAAAGAAGAGGGGAUGCAGAUGGGCGAUGGGGGGAGGAGGAGGAGUAGAGGUACGUCGAUCAAGGAGGCGGUCAGGAUGGCGCAGAGUAAUAAUUUUAUGGGGUUGAUUUGCUCGGCGAAGCUUUUGGAGAUGGUCCCCGCUCUGGUCGACGCCAUCAAGUCGCAUGGGCUGGCGCUUGUCGUGGACAAGUCGGGUGAGUCUCCCGAGCAGCAGCAGCAUGCUGCAGAUCUGUUCUCACGGCUACCUCACGGAAUUGAUGGUGUUCUAAAGAGCGACGGAGUCUUACGGUUCAAUGAGUCAAUAGACGUCUAA